AUGGGCCCCCUCGCGUGUAGCAGCGGCCCUGUUGGGGGCUGCACGUGGGGGUGGGACGUCUCCAGCGGAAGUCUCGUGCGUGAGUCUUUCCUCCACAGCCGCAUUCCUCCAGCGCGAUGUGACCCUCGCUCCGCGCUCUUCUCUCCGCUCCUCGCCCUCCGCAGCCGCGCCAUGUCCGCCGUGAGGGACCCCCCCGUGAGGGACCCCGCCGUGAAGGACCCCCCCCGCAGCGCGUGCCCUGACGGUUACCGAGAGCUGAGCACCGAUGAACUGCGGGAGCUGCUGCUGGACGACGGCAAAAUGGAGCAGAUCAUCCGGAUGAACGAGAAGGUUUCCUCCGGGUGCUCCGGUUUCCCCUACCACUAA